GCCUUUGGGGAGAGACCUGAGAAGCCUCUUCUCUUCCCUCCUCAACUGGCAAUUUUCAUCAGCUUCCAAGUUAAUACGAAUCGGAUGGGCUAGUUUCUCUUGGUAUUUAAGAGUUUCGAUCAAUCGAAUUGAUCAGUGCUUGAGAUCCCCGUUGUAAAAAUGGGGGUAGUGUCUAGGCGGGUUUUGCCCUUCUGCUGUAACCUCUGUCUCUGCUGCCCUUCGUUGCAUACCAGGUCGAGACAACCUGUUAAAAGAUACAAGAAGUUACUAUCUGACAUUUUCCCCCGUAAUCGGGAACCUGAACCAAAUGAUAGGCUAAUUGGGAAGCUUUGUGAAUAUGCUGCAAAGAAUCCAUUACGAAUACCGACGAUUACAAGUAACCUAGAGCAAAGAUUUUUCAAGGGUUUACGGAAUGAGAAAUUUGGACGCGUGAAAGUCGUAUUGUGUGUUUACAAGAAAAUGAUAUCGACAUGUAAGGAGCAGAUGCCACUUUUUGCUAGUAGUUUAUUAGAGAUCAUUCAGACACUUUUGGAGCAAACCCGACUGGAUGAGAUGCAAAUUAUAGGUUGCAAUGCACUUGCAGAGUUCAUAAAUAAUCAGAUGGACGGUACUUACAUGUUCCACUUAGAGGGCCUUAUUCCAAAACUUUGUGAACUGGCUGAAGAAGAUGGAGAUGAUGACAGAGCUUUACGUUUACGUUCUGCAGGAUUGCAAGUGCUGGCUUCCAUGGUUUGGUUCAUGGGUGAGCAGUCUCAUUUAUCAAAGGACUUAGAUAGUGUAAUAUCAGUUACCUUGGAGAACUAUAUGGAUAGCAAAAUGACACCUGUCAGUGUCAGUAAAGUGGAUGAAAAUAGCUUGUUUGUCCCAGACAUCAAUGAGAAGGCUAUAUCUGCAUCAAACCUUGUGAAUAACUCUGACCUAGAUCCUACCAUGGAUACUUCCAAGAGGCCUUCUUACUGGUCAAAGGUUAUCUUACGUAAUAUUGCCACAAUGGCAAAAGAAGCAACAACAAUCCGACGUGUUCUUGAACCACUGCUUAAGAAUUUUGAUGCUGAAGAUCACUGGUCUCAAGAGCAGGGGGUUGCUUUUUCUGUUCUAAUAUACUUGCAGUUGAUAAUGGAAGAAACAGGAGAGAAGUCCCACGUAUUAUUGGCUAUCUUGGUGAAGCACAUGGAGCAUAAGAAUGUAACCAAGCAACCUCAUGUACAAAUAAACAUUGUCAAUAUCAUUGCUCGACUUGCACAAAAUGCAAAACCUCUGCCUUCAGUAGCAAUCAUUGGUACAAUAACUGAAUUGAUGAAGCAUCUACAGAAAAUUCUACAAAAUUCAGCUGACUUAUCAAAUUCUGGGGGUGCUAAUAAAUAUGACACUGAUCUUCAGUUGGGACUAGAAAAAUGUAUCUCACAGCUCUCAAAUAAGGUAGGGGAUGUGGGACCAAUUCUUGAUACGAUGGCUGUGGUACUAGAGAAUAUAUCCACCAGCACUAUUGUUUCCAGAUCAACUAUUUCUGCUGUUCAUCGAACAGCGGACAUCAUCUCUUCUAUCCCAAACAUAUCAUAUCAGAAGCAGGCCUUCCCUGAGGCUCUAUUUCACCAGUUGCUCAUUGCAAUGUCCCACCCAGACCAUGAAACUCGUGUUGGGGCACAUAGAAUUUUUGCCGCUGUGCUUAUGCCAUCCUUGCUUUCACCUUCUUCAGAUCAAAAUAACAGUGCUCCUGAAAUUGUUUCUUCUGACUUAUCACAUAGUGCAUCUAGGAAGUUGAGGAGUCACAGCUUUGCCUUGCAGGUCGAAGGUAAAGACCAAACAGAAUUCAUUGAUGAGAGAUUAAAAGAAAACGGAAACCCAGCAUCAAAUAUUGCCGUGAGAAAUCCAGUAUUGUCUCAGUCUCGGAGACACUCAUAUAACUUCGAGCAUGCUCUGCGUGAUGGAAAUAUGGAGCCUACUUCCCUUAGAUUAAGUAGCCACCAAGUGAGUCUCCUGCUUUCAUUAAUAUGGGUCCAGGCAAAUUCUCCUCAAAACACCCCUGCGAAUUAUGAGGCCAUGGCUCAUUCAUAUAGCAUUGCAGUAUUAUUUAUCCGAUUCAAGACUUCCAGUCACAUGGCCCUAGUUCAGAGUUUUCAGCUGGCACUCUCCCUUUGGAGUGUCGCCCUGAAUAAAAAAGGACGUUUACAACCAUCUCGCAGGCGGUCUCUCUUUACCUUGGCGUCCUACAUGCUUAUUUUCUCAGCCAGGGCAGCCAAUUUUCCAGAGUUGAUCUCUGUUGUUAAAGGAUCUCUGACAGCUAAAACGGCUGAUCCUUAUCUCAAAUUAGAUGAAGAUGUCGAACUUAAGGCUGUAUGUGAAAAUUCAGAUACAACAUAUGGAUCCAAGGAAGAUGAUGAUGCAUUAAACUCCCUCUUGGCAAUAGAGCUAGAUGACAUAUAUUUGAAGGAGAUUGUCAUAUCCCAUUUCAGGACGAAAUUUGAGAAAUUUUCAGAGGAUGACUUAUCAAGUAUAAGGAAACAACUUCGUGCGGUCUUUUCACCAGAUGAUGCAUACCUAUUAGGUGUUUCAUUGUCACGGCCUAGUGCUCCUCUUGAGCAGAUGGAGUUCCAGUCAGUUGAAGAGAUGCCUCUAGCUGCGAUAAUAGAUGAAAAAGUCGGAAGUCAGGCAUGCCAGAAUGCAUCAUUAACCACCAGCAAACUAGAUGUCUUAAGUGCCAAUGAGCUAUUGGAUUCGGUUCUGGAAACGGCCCGGAAAGUUGGAAGCUUUUCCGAAGCACCCAUUCCUUAUGACCAAAUGAAGAGUCAGUGUGAAGCUAAUGUAAUCGGUAAACAACAGAAGAUGUCCGUGCUUCAUAACUUCACGCAUUAUCAGGCAGCCAGCACAACCACGGAGGACUUUGAAAACGAAAUUCUCUAUUUACCAACGGAGAAAGCAGAGGAAGAUCCGAGGUUAAUUAGCAAUGAUCAAGGUCGUGUAAGUGGACAGCUUGCCCUCUGUUCACAACAACACAAGCAAAAUUCUUUCAGAUUACCCUCGUCGAGCCCUUACGACAAGUUCUUGAAAGCAGCAGAAAGUGGAGUUUUCAGUAGAUCUGAAGUUAAUUAGAAAGGAUCAAGUUCAUAUAAGGAACUAGACUGCCCUCUGUUCACAAGCCCUUACGACGAGUUCUUCGAAAGCAACUCGAUGCUAUAGAGGUUUGAUGAGUUUUAUACUACUACUAUAUAUAUAUAUAUAUAUAUAUAUAUAUAUAUAUAUAUAUAUACACACAC